CAAUAGCUGUUAAUAAUAUUGAUAAUGAUCGAGUGAAAGAAGAAUGGAAUAAAGCUUUUAAACAAUGCGAUAAUAAAGACAUUAUUGAAAAUUUUAUAAAUCAAUUGAAUUCAUUCGAAA